AUGUCUUUUGCAACAUCUUCAUCAUCAUUCACACUUCCGUUCAGUGAAAAUUUUCAUCCGAAUGGUCAAGACAUUCUCCAAAUGCAAAAAGAAUUUCUUACAAGACCAUUCAAAAUUAUUUGUCUUGAAUCUUUACAAAUUUCAUCUCAACAGCAUUACAUUCUACUCGGAGAUGAUAAUGGAAGAUUAUUAAUUUUUGAUUUUUCAAAAUUAGAAUUUGUAUCUAUUUGUGAAAUUCAUCACUCUGCAAUUCAAUCCAUUCAAAUACGAUUUCAAAUCAAUGAAGAAAUGGAUGAAGAUACAUUGGAUCCUCUCACUACCAACCCUAUUACUUGUCUAGAUAACAAUCCUCGUGAAUGUUUCAUUUACACUGCGAGUCAUCAAUCGAUUAAAGUUUGGAAAUUUAAAGAUUUAUUAAUGAAAUCUCAAAAUCCAAUUUUCACAAUUACUCCUUCUCUAUACAAGGAUAGUACUGAAAAUUCUCAUCAUGGUGAAAUUAUUAAUUGUAUGAAAUUAGUUGAUCCAUUGAUUUAUAUUGGAUUUGAUAAUGGAUAUAUUUAUGGUAUUGAUAUGAAUACUACAAAAUUAGAGCAUGUUACUCGAAUCACUAGUAAUAAUAAUGGACAAAUUUGUGGUGUUGCUAUUCAUUCAAUUCAAUCACACGUGAAUCAAAACACUCAAUUAUUUGUAGGAUGUGCAGAUGGUUUGAUUCGAAUUGUUCAUUCAUCCCUAGGAAAUGUUAGCACAACAAUCAUUGAUCCAUUUGGCUUUUCAACGAGUGGAAUUUCAACGUGUAACUUCUCAUUGGAUGAACCGAAUGGACAUUGGUUGCUUGCGUCAAGUAUGGACACGAAUUUUAUGAGUUUGUAUUCUGUGAAAUUUGAUCUCUCCAAACCAGCCAGAAUUAUCAUGAGUGGAAAAACGAGUGAUGUGAAAAUAGCCAAAGAUUGUAUGGUAUCGUUGGGAGGAGCAAAUGUUUAUUAUUGGAAUAGGGAUGGAACAUUGCAAUUGAAGUUAGAAACUCAUUUAGAACAUUUAUACAGCAUUAUUGAAAUGGAAGAUUUAAAUCCUCGCUUGUUGGUCGUGAUUGGAGUUUUGAACUUUGAAAAUUAUCUAAUUACCAUCUCUGCCACUCAACGUCAUAUUUUGCAUAAAAUUAGGAUUCCUCAUUAA